AUGUCAAUGACGGGUCAUGGCGCGGGCAGUGAUGAUCACUACGAGCCAACAUACCCAGAUCAACCCGAUCAGGAAAUCGAUCCUCUACAACCCCAAGAUGUCCACAGCAACACGGAGGGGUUGCACGAACCUAUUUCCUUCAAACCAAAACCAAAGCGACAGUCCCAAUCACGAUUUAGUCUUUCGAACCUCUUCUCGAACACCGCCGGCGGGUCGAAUCUAGGGCUUGGCAUAGGGCGAGCGCCAGAUGGAGAGAAUGGAGAUGCAACAUCACCCUCGGAGCCUCAUGGGCCAAUUGGGCCGAAUGGCAAUUCAAACGCUACUAAGGAUGGAACUCCUCUAGAUUGGUAUGUGGAGGGCCCCGGCCGACGUGUCGGAUACGAUGACUUUACCGCAAUCGACUGGAUCUAUGAGUAUACCAAAGAACGUCAAAGAAAACGAUUGCUCUAUUCGAGUGGACAAGGCUUCAUGGGGCAUGCUCGUCGAAUGCUAGAGGCCAGUAAUAUUUGGUUCGUUCUAAUUGCCACAGGUGUUGCAGUUGGAAUUAUCGCUGCUUGUAUUGAUAUCGCUACCAAUUGGCUUGGGGAUCUGAAAACUGGGUACUGCAAAAGUGGUAACGGGGGUGGGAAAUUCUAUUUAAAUAAGAACUUUUGCUGCUGGGGUCUAGACGAUCAUACAAAAUGUCAAGAUUGGACGCCCUGGGGGUAUGCCCUAGGUUCCUCCUCCAUUGGUGGCCGAUUCGCUAUUGAAUACAUGUUCUACAUCGUCUUCUCUGUGAUAUUUGCGUUAGCAGCGUGUGUCCUUGUGCGCAAGUUCGCCAUAUACGCACGUCAUAGCGGAAUUCCAGAAAUUAAGACUGUCCUUGGAGGGACAGUCAUUCGGCAUUUCAUGGGACCUUGGACGCUGGCCAUUAAAUCCCUUGGCUUGUGUCUCGCAGUCGCAUCUGGUCUGUGGCUGGGCAAAGAAGGCCCACUGGUACAUGUUGCAUGCUGCUGUGCCAAUAUAAUGAUGAAGCCAUUCAGUAGUUUGAAUGGCAAUGAAGCACGGAAACGUGAGGUACUUUCCGCCGCCGCCGCCGCAGGUAUAUCUGUCGCCUUCGGCGCUCCUAUCGGGGGUGUGCUCUUCAGUUUGGAGCAACUAUCAUACUACUUUCCAGAUAAGACAAUGUGGCAAAGUUUUGUCUGCGCCAUGGUCGCUGCUGUGACUUUACAAAUGAUCAACCCAUUUCGCACCGGGAAGAUUGUUCUCUAUCAAGUCACCUAUACACGAGGGUGGCACCGUUUUGAGAUCAUCCCAUUUAUCAUCCUUGGUAUUGUUGGUGGUCUUUUUGGAGCCUUCCUCAUCCGUGUGAACACAAAGAUCGCCCAGUGGCGGCGAUCUCGGGGCUGGUCACGACCCUUCUUGGAGGUCGCUAUUGUGGCCCUUUUAACAGCUUUGAUCAACUUUCCAAAUCACUUUAUGAGAGCUCAAAACUCCGAACUUGUUCAAGCAUUGUUUUCGGAAUGCAGCAGUGAUACGUUUGAUCGUUUUGGUCUCUGUGUGUCAGGACCUGCAUCUCUAGGUGUUGUUGCUAUGCUACUAGUAGGUGCCGCAUUGGCAUUUCUCCUGGCAUCUUUAACAUUCGGUCUUGAUAUUCCGGCUGGUAUCAUCCUGCCUUCAGUUGCCAUCGGGGCCCUAUACGGGCGGGCUUUGGGCAUGUUGGUCCGAAUGUGGCAGGAAGCCUACCCAAAAGCCUUCCUCUUCGCCAAGUGUGAGCCCGAUAUUCCGUGUGUAACGCCCGGUCUUUACGCAAUCAUUGGUGCGGCAUCUGCACUCGGUGGUGCGACGCGAAUGACUUUGUCAAUUGUUGUCAUCAUGUUCGAGUUGACUGGCGCCCUAACAUAUGUCAUUCCUAUCAUGAUUGCCGUGAUGUUGUCGAAAUGGUGUGGUGAUAUUUUCGGCAAGCGCGGUAUUUACGAAUCAUGGAUUCACCUUAACGAGUAUCCCUUCCUUGAUCACCGAGACGAUACCAAUCCGCCAGAUGUUUCUGCUCACCGAGUCAUGACCACGGCAGAUGAUGUCUCCGUAAUUACUGCCACUGGACAUACUAUCGGCUCGCUCCUCAGCCUCGUUUCUAAUACUAGCUAUCGUGGAUUCCCUGUUAUAACUGAAACUUCGACGCCCAUUCUUUUGGGUUAUAUCACUCGAAAUGAGCUGUCUUAUGCAUUGAACUCGACCUCCCCUACGAAUCGCAACCUUUCUAGCGAGACUCAGGUUAUCUUUGUCCAUCAGCCUUUCGCAGAUCCUGUCGAUACACUAGAUCUUCGACCUUGGAUGGAUCAAACUCCAAUCACACUCAAUAGCAACAUCAGCUUUUUAAUCGUGUUGCGCAUGUUCCAACGGCUCGGCUUACGCUACGUGUUGUUUGCCAACAAGGGAAUCUUGCAAGGUCUUUUGACCAAGAAAGAUGUCUGGGCCGUCCUUAAUGGUGUCGAAUUCCGCAGGCAAGAGGCUCUUCGAGAUGACAAUCUCCAUCACGAUGCUCAUGGGGCCGAAGAGGUCGGCCUACUACAGUCUGAUGGGAGGAGCAGUCUCGGCAGUUCUCUGAGAAGAGAUUCUUUUUAA